GAGGAAAAUUGAGCAGUUUGUUUUGGUGACCCCGUUGGUGCAUCACUGCCUCAUCGCUACCAACACCACCACAACAUCCCAAGCACGUGUGGCCACUGUCCAGCUGAGGCCACGCACGCCCAUUCUAGCAGCACACCAGGCCCAGGGCUCAUCUAGGACAGUCCAGGAGGUCCCUCACUUUCCUCACCACAAUGCAGAGUAAGAAAAAGAACACUGAAACUAAUGAUGAAAUUCGCCAGUUCAAGGCGAUGAAGCAAGAUGAGUACAAGACUUCCAUAAAAACGACCAAAGUUGACAUAGAUGGAGUGAAGGCAGCCCUGAACAGUUAUGACAAGAAGGGAGUCAAGAGGAAGUCAGAAGAUGGGAAUUCAUCAGAGAGGAAAGACUGGAAAAAGUUAAAAGCAGAGAAAAAGGAGCUCAAGAUGAAACGCAAGGAAAAGAAUUUAGGAAGCAGUGAGAGGUAUGAGCUAAGUAUUCAAGCAAAGAAAAUAUGGGAAGAAUUACGUCAGGCGAAUUGCAAGAAGGAACGUCAGAAAGAAUUAUGCAAAGAAUUGAUAUCAAAGGUGCAGGGAAAACUGAAAUCCCUGAUUUAUGCCCAUGACACAGUAAGGGUUAUUGAAACCCUCUUGGCCAAAGGAGGAGAAGAGUAUCGCACCUUAGUGUUUGAGGAGCUCAAGGAUGACCUUGUUAAUCUUAGUAAAAUUAAAUAUGCACGGUUCUUUGUCUUAAAGAUUCUUAGAUAUGGCACUAGAGCACAAAAAGAUCAUGUUAUCAAUUCACUCAAAGGCCAGGUAGUGAAACUGAUGAAGCAUAAAAUUGCCAGUGACGUGGUAGAACUUGCCUAUAAUGAUUAUGCCAAUGCCAAACAACGGUCCAUGAUGGUGCAAGAAUUUUUUGGUCCCCAGUUUCGUCUCUUUCAUGAGGAGGACAUAAAAUGCUUGGAUGAUGCUCUAAAAAAACAUCCAGAGAUGAAGGAAUACAUCCUGAAGGAUUUCCGUUCUGCCCUUCAGCCUAUCAUAGAUAAGGGAGUUUUUACCAAUACAAUGGUUCAUACAUUGUUGAAAGAUUUUCUUUCUUCAUGCUCAGUUGGGGACCGUAAUGGUGUCAUAGAAGCCCUGAAGGAGUCUUUAGUACCUAUUAUUCAUACGAGGGAUGGAGCUCGUGUGGCCAUGCUGUGCCUGUGGCAUGGAAGUAACAAGGACCGUAAAACCAUUCUGAAGUCCUUCAGAACACAUUUUGUAAAGAUUGCCACAGAGGAACAUGGACAUAUGGUAUUGCUGGCUGCUUUUGAUUGUGUUGAUGACACCCAGUUUAUGAAGAAAGUAGUACUUUCAGAGCUGAUGGAUGAACUAGACAAACUUGUUGGAUCAGAUUAUGGGCUGAGGAUAUUACGAUACUUAGUAGCUCCUCGCAGCCCAACAUUUUUCCAACCAUGUGUCCUGGCAGUGUUGAGUCAGGGUGAUGGUAAUGCAGCCAGCAAAAAAGAUACGGAUAUUAGACAACGGGAACUCCAGGCAGUUGUCAGUAUUCCAAUUUUAAGAAUGCUUUUGGCAAAUCUUGAGCACUGGGCAGUAAAUCCUAACUGGACCCUCUUCAUAGGAGCAGCUGUGAAGACACUAGUGGGAUCAGAGAGGGAUACUAUAUUCCACAAAGUGGCAGAAAUGUAUAGCAAGCCAUAUUUUCCAGGAACAGAGGGCCAUGUAUUAGAACUGGCUCACACCACAAAAAUGGUAACUUACUUCAUAAAGUGUGACAAGGAACGUCAUGAAGCACAACAAGAAACUUUUAGUUCAAUCUUGCUUAAGAAGGCUGAAGAUGAAUUGGUGGGUUGGACCAGCUGCAAUCGUGGCUGUUUUCUUCUUGCUAACAUGUUAGAAACAGAAAUUCCAGAAAUUGUAUCUCACAUCAAGAAGUUAGUAACACCACACAAGGAUAAGCUAGCAAAACAGAAAUUCAUUGGUGCAGAAGUACUUCUUAAAAAGAUUUAGAUGUCAUGAUUUGGUUUGUAAAUGAUAUAUGUGACAAGUAGAAAAUUACAGUGCAAGUUUAUAUAGCUAACCUUUUGUCAUUUAAAAGUUGGAAUCAGUAUUGUUUGGUAAAUGUUGUUGAGUUGACAUUUUAAGAAUCUUUUAAAAAACAAAAAGAAUACACAUGUCAAUAGGAAACUUUAUUGUGAAUAUCACAAUUUGAGUGAAAUUUGAGGGAGACACAUGGAAGGGUUGAGCCCCACCAUUGUGGGGUUAUCAGUCAAGUUAUCACUCAUCCUCACCACCAAGCCUCCACCUCCCACCACAACCAUUUGUGUUAUUGCAGUGAGGUCAUGACUAGAGAGUUUUGUACAUCUGCUUGAUGUGAUGGGCUGACUUGGGAACUUGUAAAUGUACAUGUGCCUGAUGCACUCCUACUCCACUGGCUUGUGCUAGGUAGGCACCCCCACACACAUACAAAAAUAAAUAAAUAAAUAAUAAUAAUAAUAAUAAUAGUAAUAGUAGUAAUUGCAGAAUUCUGUUGUUGUACAGGACUAUGGGUGCAGCUUAGAAAUUUGAGUGCUCAUGACUGAUGGUAUUUUCUGCCCGCAGAAUGGGGCAAUAUGUUAUGGAGCAGCUUCUGACAAGCUGCAGCAGCAUACUUUGUCAUUUGUUAUUUUCUAAAUGUUACAUGUAAUGAGAUAAGAGGUUCUUAUUAAAACAUGUUGGUUUCA